AGAUCUGUCAAUGAUGUAAUGCAGAGGAACUUUACUGCAUACAAAUUAUUCACGUUAUACCCUGGUCACAGUGGAACUGUCACAUAGAUCAGACUCUCCAGCCGCCGUGCCUACACCUCCCAAUUAGGAUCUCAGGCCUGUGCCAGCCACGCCCCAAACCCUAAAUCUCUCUAGCCGCAGGCAACCCUGGGAAAUGCAGUCUGCGGACAAGAGCCAGCCGGCCUACAGCCAGAGCCAUGCAAGCGCAUUUCUCUUCGGACAGAGCCACUGUCUCAAGACUCUGCCCUUCUUCAAGAGAAGAGCCCAGAAGAAGAGAGAAUGACUGCUAGGCCCUUGAUGGCUGGAUUCAGGCCAUGUAAGGCGUGCCUGCUUCCCCUUCAACUUCCACCAUGAUUGUAAGUUUCCUGAGGCCUCCCCAGGUGUGCUUCCUGUACAGCCUGUGGAAUGUUACCAAAGAUGUUGGAAGAGGUGGCUAUGGACAUCACCUGGGAGAAGUGGAAGCAAAUGGACCCUGUUCAGAAGUCCAUAUACAGAAACAUGUUGGAAAAAUAUAGAAACCUGGUUUUGCUAGAUGGGAAGCUUGAACUUGGGGCCCAGACGUCAAGAGUAGAGCAGCAGGACAUUUCAAAAGAAGAUUAAUCUCAAGGAUUAGAGAUGGAAGAACUUGCAAAGAGAAAGUCUGUACCAGAAGAAAUCUGGAAAUCUAGAGGCCAAUUUAAGAAUCAGCCACUAAACAAGGAGAAUAAUCUAGGGCAAGAGAUAGUUACCUGCACAAAAAUUCCUACCAGAAAAAGACAUAUCUAUAGAAUCCAAUGAAUUUGUGAAAAAUUUUACUGUAAGAUCAAUACUUGUUACAGAGCAGAGAGAUCCUAUAGAACAGAAUUGUCAUAAAUAUGGUACAUGUUGAAAGAUGCUCAAACAAAACUCAGAUUUAAUUAUACAAAGAAAGUAUGAUGGAAAAAAACCUUGUAAAUAUAGUGAAUGUGGGAGAACCUUCAGGGGCCAUGUCACUCUUGUUCAGCACCAAAGAACUCAUUGUGGAGAGAGACCCUAUAAAUGUACUGAGUGUGGAAAGGGAUUUAAUCAGAGUUCCCACUUAAGAAAUAAUCAGAAAGCUCUUUCAAGAGAAAAGCCCUACAAAUGCAGUGAGUGUGGGAAGGCCUUCAGUUAUUGCUGAGUUCUUACUCAACAUCAGAGAAUUCACAGUGGAGAGAGACCUUAUGAGUGUACUGAAUGUGGCAAGACAUUCAGUCAUAGUACAUACCUUACUCAGCAUUAAAGAAUUCACACUGGUGAGAAGCCCUAUACAUGUCUUGAAUGUGGAAAGGCUUUUAGUCAGAACACACAUCUUACUCUACAUCAGAGAGUCCAUACUGGAGAGAAACCUUAUGAAUGCAAUGAAUGUGGUAGGUCCUUUAGUCAGAGUGCACAUCUUAUUCAACAUCAAAGAAUGCGUACAGGAGAAAAACCCUAUGAAUGUAAUGAAUGUGAGAAAGCCUUCCAUGAUCACUCAGCUCUUAUUCAACAUCAUAUUGUUCAUACUGCAGAGAAACCGUAUGAAUGUCAUGACUUGGGAAAGCUUUCAGUUACUGUUCAGACCUCAUUCAACAUCAGAGAAUGCACACUGGAGAGAAACCAUACAAAUGCAAUGAAUGUGGGAAUGCCUUAGUGAUUGUUCAGCCCUUAUUCAGCACCAAAGAACUCACACUGGAGAAAAAGCCUUAUGAAUGUAAGCAAUGUGGAAAAGCCUUUAGCAGAAGCACAUACCUUACUCAACAUCAGAGAAGUCAUGCAGGAGAGAAACCAUAUAAAUGCAAUGAAUGUGAGAAAAUUUUCAGCCUGAGUUCAUUCCUUACACAGCAUAUGAGGGUUCAGACUGGAGAAAAACCCUACAAAUGUAAUGAAUGUGGAAAAGCUUUUAGUCACCGCUCAGGACAUUUUCAGAGAACUCCCACUGGAGAGAAGCCCUGUGAAUGUAAUGACUGUGGGAAACCUUUCAGUUUCUGUUCAGCCCUAAUUCAACAUAAGAGAAUUCAUACCAGAGAGAAGCCCUAUAAAUGCACUGACUGUGGAAAAGCCUUCAGUGAUCGGUUAGCACUUGUUCAACAUCAGAUAACUCACACUGGAGAAAAACGCUAUAAAUGUACUGAAUGUGGAAAAGCCUUCAGUCGGAGUACAGACCUCAAAAAUCACCAGAAAACUCAUACUAGUGAAAAAUCCUAUAAAUGUAAUGAAUGUAGAAAGGCCUUUAGUUACUGCUUUGGUCUUAUUCAACGUCAGGUCAUUCAUACUGUACAAAAACCUUAUGAAUGCAGUAAAUGUGGCAAAGCUUUGGGCAGAGGACAGACCUUAAAAAACAUCAGAAAAUGCAUACCGAAGAGAAACCCUAUGAAUGUAAUGAAUGUGGGAAAGCCUUUAGCCAGAGCACAUAUCUUACAAAACACCAAAAAAUUCACAGUGAAGAGAAAUCAAAUAUACAUACUGAGUGUGGGGAAACCAUUAGACAGAACUCUUCUUCUUUACGACAAUAAAAACCUCGCACUGGAGAGAAAUUCUCUGAAUGCCUUAAGAAUUUAAUUAAUAUGGAGACCCUUCCUGGGGAAUCAGAAGGAGGAUCAUGGAAACUGUUGACUACUUACAAUGAUCACAUGGUUUAGUGGAGAGAGCAUGAUUCUGGGUUUUAAAAGUCGUGGAUCUCAAUCUCAGGUCUAUUACUAACUAGAUCUUUUACUUUGGGGUAAGUCACUUCAUGUCUUUAGGCCUUAAUUUCCUCAUCUGAAAAAUUGGAAGACCUGAUUUGUUGAGCUUUAAGAUCCUCAAUUAUUAUAUUUACUAGGAAUUCAAGUUUCUAUAGAUGUGGUUCAGAAUUGUGACUUAUUUAUUGUACAUCAGGUGUGAUUCACAAGUGAGCUUGUAGCAGUUAUUAAGGAGCCAAUAAAUAUAUAGAGCAUGUGUCAUGUAGCUGUUUAUUACCCUUGCAUUACUUUUCUAAAAUACAUGUCACAAAUAUUGAAGAAAACUAACAGAUAAAGUGGUAUAAGUUCUAUGAAUUAUUACAGUAGGGGUUUGAGAUCUUUUCUUGAUUAAGAAUAUGGUAUUAGAUAAAAACUGAGAAAAAAAAGAAUUAAAUUGUUAAUAGAUAAAGGUUAAGUUACCUGGAUUUCAUUCAAGCCCAAUCUUGCAAUAUAAACCUCUACUAAGUUGAAUAUGGCAGUCAUCAUGUUCCAGCUGAGAAGGGGCUGGAAAACAUGACUUAAUCAAGUAUCUAGAAAGGGUGAAAUUGGAAAGUGCAUUUGUUAUUUCCACACCUAAAUAUGUAAAGGCCAUGUAAAUGAGAGUACAUUUUGAGAUCUAAUAUGUCUAGAAAAGUCUAUUGUCUUUUUCCUAUGGUUACAGAGACAAUGGCCUGAAAAUACGAAGAUUUAGCUCAGAAGCCUGUAAUUUACAAUUGACCAUCUAGGGACAGGAAAAAUCCACUUGUUAUGGAACUUAUCCAGUGUGUGGCUUUGGAGGCUUAGUGCAGACUUACUGAGUUUGGAGUUGGUUUUGGUGUCCAGGACAACUGCUUACACGUAAGGAUAAAUAAUGGUGAACCUGCUAGAUAGUCGUUGAGAAAACUUACAGUUAAAGCAGCAGUGUUUAAGCUUUUGUGAAUUUAUAUGUCCCUCUGAGAACCUGUUACUUCCAUAGACUUUCUCACUGGAAUAAUGCAUGGCACAUUCAUAUGAUUUUGUGAACAGCUACAAAAUGAAUAUGUGUAAAAUUGGUAGUACUAUAUACACAUAAGUAGUAAUAAUUUGUAAGCAUAAUAGAAAAAAUAUUCACAAUAGCUGUAGAAAUAUGAAAUAUGGGAAUGAGUUUAAUAACAAAUAUGCAAGACACCAAAAAUGAUUUAGAAAUUUUUAUAAUGAGAAAAGGCUGAUUUCAUACAUGAGGAAUUAUGUACCUUUAUGGGAUGAGUGAAUAAAAUUGUCAGUUAAAACGGUA